AUGGGGUCUGGUCCUCCGGGUGUUGCGAAGAGACAGCAAUACAGGCGUCACUCGCGGUAUGGCUGUCGUAAUUGCAAAUUGAGGAAGGUUAAAUGCGAUGAGGCAAGACCACAGUGCUUGAGAUGCCGUGCUUACGGCGUCCAAUGUACUUUCACCCAUAACACCACCGAUCUUCAGCCACUUCUAGAGAGCCGCGAGCAAAAUAAUCCUAAAUCAAAUCAUCCCGAUUCAUCGCCACGCGCAAGCAUUACCAAUGGUAUCUGGGCUGAGGAUGGAAUGUCCUUUUUCAACUUGAACUCGCACGACUGGGGUCUUUUUAAUAAAUUUCGAUAUCGAACUGUCUAUUCCCUCGGAGGAGAUGCGCUUGUGCACAUACACGAAAACCAUAUGUUGAAAGCAAGCUUUUCCUGCCCCUUUUUACUCCACGGUAUACUUGCGUUGACAGCUGUUCAUGAUCGCUACCUUGAGAUAUCUUCAAAGCGCCGCUCUUUGAUAGAGUCCCACCACUGGUCUGAAUGCACGACUCUUUUUAAUAAAUGGCUGGGCCAUGAUAUUAAGGAAGAGCAAAAAGAUCCUAUAUGGGCUGCUACCGGAAUUCUCAACAUUCUAGCCUUCUCAUCCAUAAACGCGUCUUCUCCAAGUGACGCAUGGCCACAACUCUCGCAAGAUUCAUCUGAUCUGGAAUGGCUGAGUCUAGGAACCGGGAAAAUGAAGCUAUGGAAUCUUAUAAAUCCACUAAGACCAGGCAGCGUGUUCCGAGCCAUGUGUACAGCAUUGAUACAGAUGCGCGCGCCCUUACCUAUUGAGGGCACCGAAGGUACUUCCAAGGAUCUAGUACAGCUGUGCAGAAUGGGUGAUACAUCGACCCAGGAAAAUAAUUCGUAUUUUCAAGUCGUACAUGGCCUUUCUCGACUUUUAAGGAUGCCGCAGGGGACCAUCUCCAUAGGAAACGCUCUUAUGAUUUGCAAUUACAUGCAUGGCCAGUUUGAGGUGUUGUUGAUGGAUAAAGACCCGAUUGCUCUCUUACUGCUUGGUCUUUGGUAUGCUAAGGCUAGGGGAGUUAUUUGGUGGAUUGAUUUCCGAGCUAGGUAUGAGAUCCCGUCAAUUUGCAAUUACCUACAGCGGCACUAUGGUGGCAAUAACCCCAUCCAAGCGUUGAUUCCUUGGGAUGGAAUUAUUCAAGAUAUCAAAUAG